GAUGCUAACUUCGGAGGUAUAUCCAUCAAAAAAUUUAAUUUGGCAAAGCUUGAAAAAGUUUAUGAUGUUUUUAAGGAGUCAAACUGUAAAGAAAAAGAAUAAUUGACGAUGUCUCUAUCCGUAGAACAAUGUGAUAUAUUACUGGACAUUUUGGAGAAGAGCAAUGUGCGGACGCAUACCUUGGAAGCUUUGACUAAUGAUAUACACAAAAAAUUUGAUUCCGCCGAUUAUUUUAAAGUUGGUUCUUGUAUUGUCAUGCUUCUACAAUAUGAUAUGCUUCCAGAAAUUGAUCAGAGACUAGCCGCAAUCACACUAUUAUAUGAAUUAUUUAGAGGAGAACCGUUAGGAAACACCCCUUUUGCUAGCGUUUUUAUCCACCUACUAUAUCCGCCAGAGCAACAUAGCAAUGUUGGGGCUCCAAAACUCGAAUAUCCUGGACAGCUACCCAAACUGACACCUGCAGAAAAACAUUUUGUAACACAAUUAAUAUCAGACGUGUCCAAAGAUGCCCUUUUAAAAAAGACAGCUUUACAUAUAAUUAGUUCAGAUGUUCCGUCUUCCCCAAAUGCAGAUUUCAGUGCUGUUCGAUUAUCUCUAGCUGAAAAACAGUCAGAAUGGCCUAAAACUUGUAAAUCUGCCAUUCCCGUUAUUUUAUCUUUACCUGAUAAAACUGCAAAUAACGCAACCGAGGAACUGAACCGAAAUCUGGUAAAACAGUUAGCUACGGGAGAAAAUGCCCCCGUAUCGAGGGUGUAUAAACCGGAAUUUGUAACGUUAGCCCCGCCAUUGUUGAAUUGUCAAGAUGAAUUAGUUUGGUUAAAUCCAACUACACCAAAGGAACAUCUCGUUUGUUACGAUACGACAAUGUGUAUACCGGAUAUCGCGGGUUAUGAAGCCAGACAACUGAUGAAUAAGGCCUACAAAGCGGCGUUGUCGAUUCCACAGCAACAGCAAUUGUUGGGAGAGCUGGAAAAAGAUCCAAAAUUAGUCUACCAUGUAGGAUUAACACCUUCCAAACUUCCAGAAUUGGUCGAGAAUAACCCCUUAAUAGCAAUAGAAGUCUUGUUAAAACUCAUGCAGUCGAAACAAAUAACAGAGUACUUUAAUGUAUUGGUAAACAUGGAAAUGUCUCUUCAUUCUAUGGAAGUUGUUAAUAGACUUACCACCACAGUCGACCUUCCCACCGAAUUUGUGCAUUUGUACAUUUCAAACUGCAUAUCGACAUGCGAAACCAUUAAGGACAGGUACAUGCAAAAUAGACUAGUCAGACUAGUGUGCGUAUUUUUGCAGUCUUUAAUACGAAAUAAAAUCAUUAAUGUGCAGGAACUUUUUAUUGAAGUUCAAGCAUUCUGUAUAGAGUUUAGUAGAAUUAGGGAAGCUGCUGCAUUGUUUAGGCUAUUAAAACAGCUGGAGUCUGGUGAACUCGGGCUUCUAUCAUCGCCUACUUUAGAAAACAAGACAAAACUGGAGGGUUGAUUUUUUUUUUUUAUAUUCCAAUAAAAUCAACCUUUAUCAGUUCAUGUGUUUAAACAUGGGAACUACAACCGCCACAACUUAACAAUUUAAAUAUUUUAAGACAAUGAGAAAAACAUGAAACAAAUAUUUUUUAGAAAGUAAAUCGAUUUUUUUAAACUACCCAUUCCUAAUAUAUAUCAUAUAUAAAUUUAAAAAAUUAUGCAGCCAUCAAAACUAUUAAUCCGUGGUGUAAUAGUGGUAUAUGGUAUUUUAAGCCUACAUCAUAAUUAUAUGAUCAAGGCUUAUAACUAGAAAAAGGUCAAUAUCUUUCCUCCGAACAUAUGAUGCUAUCUUCAUGUUUAUAAAAAAAAUUAUAUAUGAUUAUAACGUCCUUGAUUUUUUAUAAUUUGACCUUGGGCAAAAAAAAUGCUCCACAAGUUUAAACAAAUUUACCUCAUACGAUAAAUAAUCGUUAUAAUUUUAUUUACUAUUUCAUAGCAUUAACUUUGAUAUACACAUAAACCCAUAUUAUUUAGUACUAAAUCAAAAUUUGAAUGUGACAAUCUCCAGUAUUUUAUUUACAGACUCUUUAGAAGAUUGUCCUAUUUUAGUCAAAAUGUUAUUGUGUAACCUGGUAAAUAAACUGUUCAGUUAAAACUUGGAAUAAAACAGCUUGAUCGUAUGAAAAUGGGAGUUUUAGAUAUAUAUUCCUUAGAUGAUACCGAAAAUCGAAAUGUUAUCGCUUCACUACCCAGAGGAAAACAUAUAAUAGGCCGGGGCGACUUAUUAAAUGUAACAGAUAAAAGAGUUUCACGCAAACAUGCCAUUAUUAUUGUGUCAGAUGAACGAAUCACUUUAACAUCUAUACAUCAGAAUCCUUGUUUUUUUCGACCUGCAAAAGGAAAUGCGUUAACCGUUAUAAAACAAAAUGAAGACAAUGAAUUAAAUGACGGAGAUCAAUUUUCACUUUUGCCUGAGACUUAUUGGUUUAAAAUAAAAGUGAGAUCUGAUGAAAAUGAAAGUGGUAAAAGGCUUCACAACUAUGAUGAUAUAAAUACAAGUCCUAAAAAA